UUAUUUGACAUUUAACGUACUUUUAAAGUUUUAACCAUGUUUUAACUUAUCAGAAAAAUCGUAAAAUGGAAGGAAAUAUAUUAAAAGAAUGGUUUUUAAAUAUUAAUUAUAAUCCAUAUAAAAUACCAACGGAUGAUAAAUUCAAAUUUCUUUGUCAAGGAAAAAUCGGUCCAAUAUGGCAAGAAGUAAUCAAUGUUUUCGAAAGUCGUAAAAAAGUGGAUAAAAUUAGAUUAAAUCUUAUAUAUCAUGGCUUAAAAAAUAAUUUAAAGAGUACGGAUUUGAAACCCAAACAAGUAGAAUUAUGGAAUAGAAAAAUAGAAUUAGAAGGAAAUUUAUAUGAAAUUAAACAAAAAAUUAAAGAAACUGAAAAACGAUUAAAUGCUGAAGUGCAUAAUGGAAAAUUAAAAUGUUAG